UGGUCAAAGAGGGAGAAGGAUCGUGAAUACUUCGAGCGGAAGAAGAGAAGAUUUAUAAAUACAGAGAGAAAGAGGGUGAGAAAGUUUGUGGCGUUUUUGAUACACAGUUUUUUGAUCGGCGAUUUACGGUUAUAUGUUCAAAUCCAAAAGCUUAAGAAGAAUCAGAACAGUCAGGGGUAGGAGAAGGAAGUUAUCAUCUUAGGUAAUAGCAGGCUGUGGGCUUCCCAAGCACAGAGGAAAGGAAAGAAAAUGUCAGUGGAGUCUCUUCCCUCAGAUAUCAUAUUGGACAUUUUUUCACGGGUUCCUACUGAGUUUGUUUCUGAGUGCAAAUUAGUAUACAAAAAGAGGCUUACACUCAUCCAAGAGAGCGGAACUCACUUUACAAAUUUGCACUUUAGUCUCCAGCUUAAACAUCUCUACGGUGGUGAUGGCGACAACGAUAAUAAUAUAGCUGUUAAGGUGGAGGAAAGUCUCUAUUUUGCAUGUUGCAUUGAAGAUGUAUGUGCGGCACCGUUACUUUUCUAUGGGGGACAUAUUGGUGCUCGGGUUAGCUUUGAUGAACAAUACUUCUACCGGAAAAAAUUGAAAAGGAUCAAUAAUCCUCCUCUACUUAUUAAUCAUUUAUUGCUGAACUUUGUUGGCUCGUGCAAUGGUUUGAUGUGCAUAAAUAUACAGUACCAUCUAACUAUUGAUCCCAUUUAUAUUUUUAAUCCUGUCACCAGAGAAUAUGUUUAUCUUCCUAAACUAGUCGUAAAGAAGGAUGAUGUUGACCCGACUGAUCCUGACCGCAUAGAAGGAGUGGUUGGGAUGAUCGAUUGCAUAUCAUAUGGAUUCGGGUAUGUUAGUUCCACUAAUGAGUAUAAGGUUGUUAGAAUCAACUAUCCUAACUUUUUCUGGAGAAGGUUACGUCGAAGUAUACACACUUAGUAGUGGUUGUGGAUGGAGAAGCAAAGGUACAACUUCCAUGGCGCUGUUUACAAGUGUUGCAGGUACCUACGCGAAUAAUGUUAUUUAUUGGAUGACGGAUAAAAAUGUCGUGGCUUUCGAUUUGGUUGAGGAAGAUUUUUGAUUGCUCCCUUGGCCUCCUGGUAUGAUUAACCGUUGCCGUAAAGCUGAAAUCCAUGGACUCCUAACAUUUGGAGGUCACUUGUGUCUUUACGUCGACACAUCAUGAAUGGAAAUAUGUUCCUUGAAUAAAAGAGGCAACCAAAGUAGCUGCACGCAGGAGACUUGGAGUCUUGACUUUGAUAUAGAUUAUGAAGCGGUUGUAGGAGGUUCUCGUUAUUGAUUGUUCGAACCAAUCGUACUUACCAAGAAGGAAGAAAACAUAUUCAUAUAUGAUGAAACUGCACUUUACUGUUAUGAUGUGAAAACAGAUACAUUGAAACUGAUUUCUGAUAGUGAUGAAGCUUCAGUUGAGUACUUCGUCGCUCUCAAAGCAAUUUCCCAUGUAAAUACUUUGCUUCACUUGCAGCCAUAGGAGAAAAAACCAAGAGAUAUAUGCUUGGUGAUACAUGGGAAACUUGUUAAUCAGCUGCCAGGAGGAUACUUGGGCGGGAUUUCACUAUUUUAACGUUUAUUAGUGAAUGUGUGUUGGUUAUAUGACAUUAAAAAUGGAGAGAUGUUGUGAUUGUGUU